AGCCGACUGGAUGGGAUUGACGCGUCCAGGCGAUUCUGGGGUCCGGAGCGGCAGUUGCGCCGGUCCGAGCAGCGGUCCACCCGCGCCUUCGAGAUGGAUGGCAGCAGCUGGCCUUCCUUCUCUCUUCUAUCGCGCUCCACCGGCUCUGCUGCUUCUUCGGACACGUCUUCGCAGGGAUCAUCUCAACCAACCAAUCCUUCCAUCCAUCCAUCCGACAUAUUCCCCCCUUUGCAGACAAACCUCUCAUCGCAAUCCUCCCUAUUGAUUUCCUUCUCGCCACUCCCUCAGCGCUGGCACCGGUGUACACAGAGCUUCCUGGAUUACAUCAGUCUGCGGGAGGCUUUUGGACUAACUGCGCUCUCGACUCUGUUUGCUGGAUUUUUCUUCUCCCUUGCCUGUACUCUCGUCUGGAGGGCUUCUCGGACCUGUUCUCUAGCCACGCUCUGCCUACCCGGCAGCAGCAGAUCCCGCGGCGCCGCAUCUUGUGUGGAAUUACUUUUCAUCCCCUUCUUUUCGUUUGGAGACACUCUCGUUCUACAUUCCCUGUACUUGCAAUCCUGAAACAAGGAGCCCUCAUCCUGCGCCUGCAUCCCCGUUUCAGAGCUAUCAGAUUGACGGACUGGUGACGUGUUUGUUCUUUUUGAAGCUGUCUUCGCUUCGGAUUGUACGUAUCAUCAAGCCUCUUUAUCCUGUCGUCGCACCUGCGAUCCACCUCUGCCCCUGUGAGCUUAAGCCAAAAGUGCAUCUACCCCGGGCUAUGU